UUUAUUUUUUUUUUUUUUCUUGCGCUCGUCCCUCGAUCGAUCCAUCCAUCGGGAUUGGUGGAAUCUAUAAUCUAUGGCUUCAACAUCCUUCCGCGAUUCCGUCAGCUCCUUGGGCUGGUCCCGCCGCGAUCCCGACCUCCCCGUCCGCACCAGCAACGAUACGUCCUUCCUAUCUCGGUUACAGUCAAUUAAUCCGUUUGGAGGCGAGGGAUAUGUGCAGCUGCCUACUCAUGAAUCGCCGGGAGCACCGUUACCGGCGGCAAAUCGGCGUGAUGAAGAGGACAGUAUUCUUGCCUUAAGUCGAUGGGAUCGGAUGCUCAUAUUUGUGGCAUGCAACCUUGGUGCCGCUGUCUGCUUCUUUCUUUGCUUUUUCCUCUUCCCCGUGUUAUCGCUGAAACCCCGCAAAUUCGCCAUUCUAUGGUCGGUCGGUUCGCUAUUGUUUCUGCUGUCAUGGGCGGUCCUCAUGGGACCUUUGAUCUAUGCUAAGCAUUUGAUCUCGGGAUCUCGGUUGCCUUUUACGGCUGCCUAUUUCGGCUCGAUUACGCUGACGUUGUAUUUUGCCAUCGGACUCCACUCCACCAUCCUCACUUUCAUCUCGUCCAUCUUCCAACUCGCCGCUCUGAUCUGGUACUUGGUCAGUUACUUCCCGAUGGGCAGUACGGGGUUGUCGUAUAUGGGGCGCUUCGGGGCGCAGCGGGUUACGAAUUGGGUGACUGGUUAGUCGCCUUUGCUCUCGUAACCGACAACAUCGGUAAAAGUACUAUAGUUAAUACUCUACGGAGACUUGCUGGGGAUGUAGAUAAUGAUGCAAAUAUGUAUAUUGUAAUACCAUGCUGGCUAAGUGGUGAUUUCCUUUUGCAGACACCAUACUCCAU